CAGGAAUUUUGCGGAAGCAGAUCAGAACCAAACAGAUACCUGAGUGGCACAUGCUGCUUGGUGUCUGGAGAGAAGUUGAGCUUGUUUGACAGACAAGAUCACCUCCAAGAGUCUCUACCAGCUAGUACUCACAAAGCCGAGGCUACCGGUAUCUAACCAAGUUGCUCGUAUUGUUGGAGCAAUCUUUUGGUUUCUCGACUCAUCAAGAGAGAAGGGAAAAGUUGUUUUCGAAAUCUACACCAUGACAUACUAUUCCAACGAUGGAAGCGGCAGCCAUGCCUCUCUGCCAGUGCCCAGGGAUGAAGAGUCGGGCAACUACGCUACAGAACAUGAUGGUCUGUUGGGUUCACAGUCCAUCAACAAUGACGACCACGAACACAACCACGGUGACGACCACCAAGAAGAAUCCAACCUGGGAUUGCUGGGGGCUAUCGUGGAAGGAGUCGAGUACAUUGCGGAACAGGCCCAAGAAGCCGCUGGUGGGUUUAAAGAAGUCAUUGCCGAGACGGUAGAGACAGCACAAGAAGCCAUUGUCGAAGAAGCUCAAGAAGUCCGAGAAACUUGGGUGGAAGCACUCGAUGCCAAAGAUGACGGUGAAUCCGUGAUUUUCGAAAUGGGCCUCACUCGCAACCUUUCCAUCCUUCCUGGUGAUCUGGAAGACGUCGCGGGAGUUCAUCAUCACGAAGUAGUGGAAGACGCCCAAACCAUUCUGCCUGAAGUAGUGGGUGCCUUCCCGUGCUGCCCCGAAAAGAUUCACGACUGUUGCCGUCCCACCCAAGCCAAUCUCAUGGAUUCUCCGCCCCAGUCACCCAAAGCGGUCAAGGACUUUAUUGACAUUGAAAGUGGCGAGGCAACACCACUAGUGGAGAAGCCUUGCACCAGCACCAGUACAGCCACCGCUACAGUUCCCUUUCACGCAUACGUGACAUUGCUGGGUGCUGUUGUUUGCCUUUCGUCCAUUGGGCCUUCCCUCGAUCUCCAAGAUGGCGUGGAUUCAUCCAUGAAGAUCUACUGGCGCAUGACUGGAACCUACAUGGCUCUCCUACCAUUUGCUGCGAAUGCUUAUGUGAAAGAGGGCUUACCAAAGUUGACCAAUACACAAUGGUGCACAUUCGUACUGGCUGCGUGCUGUUAUGCCGUCAUGUGUGUUGCCUUUGUAUUGGCUCUUGACUUCACAUCAGUGGGAAAUGCUGUCAUCUUUGCCAACAGUCAAAGCCUGUUGCUUUUGAUUGGCAAGGCUUUUGUGGGGGAACCAAUUUCGCUAAUGGAGGGCAGUGGUGCCUUGGUGGCAUUUGCGGGCGCCAUUUUCUGUGCCUCUGAUUCCACUGCUAGCACCGGCAAUGCCUUCUCGACAACUGGACCUGUUGUCUGGGCAGGAUGGGGGGACCUCCUUGCGCUCCUGUCUGCUGUUGGAGGAGUCGCUUAUUUAGUCUUUGCCAAGUCACUCCGCCAGCAUGUGUCAAGCGUCUUCCUUUUUAUGUUCAUGAUCAUGUUUGCAGGAUCAUUCUGCGUCCUGGCAUUCCUGUGGCUGUCGGGAGUGUACUUUACAGUUGACAGGGAUGUGCAUCAUGGACUAUGGGGCUUCAUGAAUUGGCAAUACGAUCGUCUGCCCCUGGAAGUCUGGAUGGUGGUUGUUUGCAACCUUAUGGGUGCAAUGGGCUACGUUCGCAGUAUGCAAUAUUUCGACAAUUUGACAAUCUCAGUAGCCACAUUGAUGGAGCCCGUGGUUGCAUCCUUCAUGGCCUACGGGUUGAAAGUGGGUCUCUUACCAAACACAAUUGGCUGGAUCGGAAACUUGUUGGUGGCAGCUGGAACUAUAGCAGUCAUCUACCCCAGCUCUCAAGGCAAACAAGCCGCUGUAGGCCACUGAUAAUCUGCUCGAAGAUGGAACUUUCCACCUCCCUUCACUCAGGAGACAAUCCGAGGAAUCUUCCAGCUCGUUCUGAUCAUCACCCAGCUACCCACCCCACCACCAAAUCAACCCACCAUUUUUCCUUCUUCCUGUCAGUGCUCCCUUCUUCCAACUAAACUCCUGUUUAUUUGUCCUCUUGUCUGCCAGGGCCUGAAAGUCCUGUCUCUAUUGCUCCAAGAUACUAACUAUAGAUGUAAAGUAGACCAUUUAUGAUGAACCACCAUGGCAU